AGAGAAGGGACAGCGUGACGGGUCUCAUCCAGGUAGGGAGGGGACAGCGUGACGUGGUGUUGGGUCUCAUCCAGGUAGGGAGGGGACAGCGUGACGUGGUGUUGGGUCUCAUCCAGGUAGGGAGGGGACAGCGUGACGUGGUGAUGGGUCUCAUCCAGGUAGGGAGGGGACAGCGUGACGUGGUGAUGGGUCUCAUCCAGGUAGGGAGGGGACAGCGUGACGUGGUGAUGGGUCUCAUCCAGCUAGGGAGGGAACAGCGUGACGUGGUGAUGGUUCUCAUCCAGGUAGGGAGGGGACAGCGUGACGUGGUGAUGGGUCUCAUCCAGGUAGGGAGGGGACAGCGUGACGUGGUGAUGGUUCUCAUCCAGGUAGGGAGGGGACAGCGUGACGUGGUGAUGGGUCUCAUCCAGGUAGGGAGGGGACAGCGUGACGUGGUGUUGGGUCUCAUCCAGGUAGGGAGGGGACAGCGUGACGUGGUGUUGGGUCUCAUCCAGGUAGGGAGGGGACAGCGUGACGUGGUGUUGGGUCUCAUCCAGGUAGGGAGGGGACAGCGUGACGUGGUGUUGGGUCUCAUCCAGGUAGGGAGGGGACAGUGUGACGUGGUGAUGGGUCUCAUCCAGGUAGGGAGGGGACAGCGUGACGUGGUGAUGGGUCUCAUCCAGCUAGGGAGGGGACAGCGUGACGUGGUGAUGGUUCUCAUCCAGGUAGGGAGGGGACAGCGUGACGUGGUGAUGGUUCUCAUCCAGGCAUUAAUCGUGGUUUAUGGCUUCAGCCGUCCGUUCCUGCUGAACGACCAGAUCCAGGUGUCGGAGAACCAGGUGUUCUACAAACACCACAUUUUGAAGGUCAUCAUGAGGGUCCCCAUCAUGUGCUUCUUUGCCAGCAUCUUCUCCUUAAUUUUCUUUCAACUGUCCUAUGUAAUCCUAGCCAUCGUCAUCUUCUUGCCUUACAUCUCUCAGUCUCUUAAAUGGUGUCGCGGCAAAGCUAUUGGCCAGGUUGAGGAAACUCCAGACUCCAUGUUGUUUUAUACAUAUCAACUCAACGAACCGCUCAGCAAGGAAAGAGUGGAGGCAUUCAGCGACGGAGUGUUCGCCAUCGUAGCAACUCUGCUCAUCUUAGACAUCUGUGAGGACAAUGUCCCGGAUCCGGCGACGGUCAAGGAGCAGUAUAGUGGGAGUCUGGUGGCGGCGCUGCAGGUCUACGGCCCGGAGUACCUGGCCUACUUCGGCUCCUUCACCACCGUGGGUCUCCUCUGGUUCGUCCAUCACUCCCUCUUCCUCCACGUCAUCAAGGCUACUCGUUUCAUGGGCCUGCUCAACACCUUUUCCCUGGCCUUCGUCGGGGGCCUGCCCCUGGCCUACCAGCUCACCCACGAGUUCCCCCGGAACUCCCGCAACGAGCUUGAGGCGAUCCAGAUUAGCUGCGUCAUCAUCUUCUUCGCCGGCUUCUUCCAGCUGGCCAUCUGGGUGGCGGCGCUGUUCUGCGAGCGCGAGACGCUACACCCGUAUGUGCGUUAUGGUGGCAGAGAGCACACCUUCAUGCUGGCCAAGCUGUCGCUGUACCCGUGCGUGGCCCUGGGGGCCUUCUUCAGCACCUGCUUCCUGAGUAAGUUCAGCGCGUCCAUUUUCCACCUGAUGGAGAUCACAGUGCCGUUCGCCUUCCUGUUGUUGAGGCUGCUGGUCCGCGGCGGGCUGGCGCUGCUACGUCUCAUGUUCUGUCCCGAUCGGCCGGAGCCCAGAAGCGUUCUGGAGGAGGAGGAGGAGGAGGAAGCCAGGGUGCCCUUUAAUGCAGUCAUCACUUAGCGGCGGUUGCCGCCAUCAUUGAGCUCUCGUCAGUUUAGAUAGCCCUGGUCCUGUAUUCACAAAACGUUGCGGAGUGUCGAUCUGGGAUGAGUUCAUAUAAUAGUCAUCGUUAUUAUAUGAACAGGUUUUCCAGGAUCAGCGCUGUUUUGUAAACACAAGCUCUGGCCUGGAGACGUGGUCAAUCCUUUGGAUGGCCGGUAGCCGCAGAAAAGCAAAGCAUUGUUCGUACCGACGAAAGGAGAACUCGGAGGUUCAUUCCAUUUGAAUUCAUUUACAGAUAAGAUGCUGAGUUGCACAUUGUUUGAAUUGACAUUUUUCUGUUCACAUUAGUUGGGUAUUGUCAACUUAAAAUAUUUAGUGGAAUGGAUGAUUUGGAAUUAAAUUGGCACCACCCGUUGUAUGAAGUUAAGAAAGAGAAAAUGGUACGGGGUCAGAUGUGGAGUGCAAGUCAUUGACUCACCAUCCCUGGAUAUUUUUUACUGGAAUUUCUUUCUUUAUAUCUGGAAUAAUGUUUUAAUCUAAUCUUUUAAUCUACCGUGUCCUUACUGUCUAAACAUUUGUCCUGACAAGGCCAUUAUAUGGAAUGUAUUCACAUAACUAGAUGUUUAUUGUUGGUUUCAUUUAAAUGUUCUAAUGUUCAGAAUAUCCCUCAAAAAAAAAAUCUGCAAUGUCAACUAGUGAUACUAGCAAAGACAGUACCAUUGAGGUUGUGUCGUACCGUCUAUCUAACACACGCUGACUUUAAUACUGAACAAACGUUCAUGAUAACCGCUCUGAUGGACCUCUGACUUUAUUACUGAACUGAGGAAAGUCCAGUUUGGUCAUGCUGUUCACUCACUGAUCUAUUAUUAAGAAUGUGUCAUUGUCAAAUGCAGGUUUUAAUUUUCAGUUGAGUUGUUUUCCUUACCUGAUGAGGCUAUAAGUUCUGUUUAUCAGAACUUAUAGCUUUGAAUUUCAUAGUAACCGUCUGAAGGAAUGCACUCAGCGUAAACAUAAAGCAUUUGGUGUUACAAUAUUGCACUUACUAAAAACUUAUGUUACGCACUUCAGGCUGCUGUUUGUAAGGACCCUGUUAUACUAGACAGUAAAUAUCAUAUUUUGUCCUAAUGAUUCUUGAUGCUAUGUUGUCUGAAUUCUGUUUUAACAUGAAGAUAUAUCAAUAUAAUUGUUUGUGCACACAUGGUGACAAGCCAUUCUCAAGGGUCAAUACGUGAAUAGUCCCUGAGUGUAGAUUCAUUUAAGCAGGUAUUUAUAGCUUUCUGGGCCUGGUCAUAAAAUGGAAUGAGACUCACCCAAUGAAGAAAUGUCUGUGUAGACUCACUGUUACAUUUGAACAUAACAUUUUCCUUCCUGGAAAUAAUGUUUUGUUCCACUUGAGGUCACUGUUGUUUCAGUCCAAAUAUCACAUUGCCAUGUUUUGGCUGCUGCAAUACGUUUUGAGUGGGGAAACAAAUUAUGAAAGCACUUUAAUUCUGAACACUAUGUUGUGUGCUGUAUAGAUAAAAUAAGGUAAAUGAAGUACAGCUGUAGCAGCCUUGUGUCAUCACUAACUGCUUGUCCAACGUGUCAAUGUCCAAUGGCAAGUGAAGUGUCAAAAAGCCACUCUUUUUUCAAAUAAACAUGAUCUGCUUUAACAGUG